AUGACGGGACAUGAAUACACAUUGGAGUUAUUACAUCGUAAUCAUUUACAAUGUGUUGAAGUGUUACGCAUGUCUCGCGAGUCAUUUGUACGACUAUGUGCUCAUUUUAGAGCACAUUACUCAUUAAAGGACAGCAAACAUGUAUCGGUUGAGGAAAAGAUGGCUAUGUUUUUGAUGAUGAUCGGCCAUAAUCAACGUUACGUGAUUAUCAAGCGGAGAUUUCAACACUCGAAGCAAACAAUUCAUAAAUUUUUUUAUGAAGUGUUGGAAAAAAUGAUGCUUUUCGCACAAGAUGUUAUAGUACCAACUUCUUUUAAUCCAAAUCCAAACAUUCCAGGACAUAAUAGGAGGCUACGACGAAUUUUCAAAGGAGCGGUUGGUGCACUUGAUGACACUUUGAUACAUGUUGUUGUUCCUGCCAAGAAACAAGACUUAUAUAGAAGCAGAGGAAAGGGAGAUUGCUACCAAAAUGUAUUGGCAAUUUGUGAUUUCAAUAUGAUUUUUACAUUUGUUGUGGCCGGGUGGGAAGGGGUAGCGCAUGACUCUAGAAUUUUAUCAGAAGCAGUAGCUGAUCCACAAGCUUCAUUCCCAUUUCCACCACCAGAGAAAUAUUAUCUUUGUGAUGUUGCGUAUGCACACACUCGAGGAUUUAUGGCCCCUUAUCGUAAUGUGAGGCAUUGGUUUGGAGAUUUUCGUAAAAGACGUGCAUUGACCAAUAAAGAAAAAUUUAACCAUGGACAUGCAAAACUUCAGAAUGUCAUUGAGCGUGCUUUUGGUGUUUUGAAAGCACGUUUCCCUAUAUUGAAGAGGAUGACACCAUUCCCGAGAGAAGGACUGAGUGAUGAGUAUUUCGCACGAUACGAUGAACUCAAUAUCUCGUUUCGAAAUAACAAUGGGACCUUUAAUGAUGAUGAAGAUGAGAUUCCAACAAAUGGUACUGCAGCAGACCGUGAAUAUAUGACACGGUUACGAGAUGAAAUUGCUGAUCAGUUGAUUUUAUUUCAGCAGCCUGCAGACGUUAAAAAACAAACAGUCUUUUUAUUGCAGACUGCAGAUGUUCAUAUCAAAGGAAUGGGUGGCACAGGUGAUGGUGAUGAUAGUGGUGGUGACGGUGGCGGGUGUAACGGUGGGAAAGGUGCGGGUGAAAAACAAACGCACGACACUAAAUAA